AUGCUCGAGAUCGGCGCUGGGACAGGCGGGACAACCUGGAGCGUUUUACACGCCGUAGACGAGCUGUACGACUCCUACACCUUCACUGACGUUUCACCCGCCUUCUUCUCUGCUGCGGCGGAGAAAUUUGCCGCCUUUGACCGCGUGUCGUACCGCACGCUCGAUAUCGAGCAGGAUGUUGCCGCACAAGGGUUCACGCCGCACAGCUACGACGUCGUCAUCGCGGCCAAUGUUCUCCACGCCACGCGGAGCCUCGCAGAUACACUCGCUCGCGCAAGCAGCUUACUUCGCCCAGGUGGCUACCUCGUCCUCCUUGAGACCACGGGUACGCAGAGCAUGGUCGGCUUCCUCUUUGGCGGGUUGCCUGGUUGGUGGCAGAGCACGGAGCCGUCCCGCCGCUACGGCCCCACUGUGCCGACGCUCGAGUGGCACCGUCUUCUCUGCCGGGCCGGAUUCUCGGGCGCCGAUACGGUGCUGCAUGAUAGUCCCGACGAGAGCCGCCACGUCACGUCGUGCAUCGUCAGCCAGGCUAUUGAUGAGGACGUAUUUCGCCUCCGCAGCCCGCUUGACUUUGUCGCGCCUAUUGAUUUGCCUGCGCCUCCGUCGUCGCCGCUGCUGCUUAUCGGGGGACAGCGGCUUGUUACUACCCGUGUCGUCGACGAGAUCACCAAGCUUUUACCCCUGCCCAUGUCGGAACCGCGUCUGCGCCGCCUCCAGCAUCUUUUCCUCUCCGCCGCGAACUUGCUCUGGGUGACGCCAUCUGGCAACUCUGCAGCCCCCCGCGCGAGCAUGAUCCGCGGCAUCACGCGCGUGGUGCCCAAGGAGAUUUCUCACCUCAGCGUGCAAGUUCUCGGGCUCGAGGCUGGUGCCGGUCCCGCGGUAGACGCCCGGCGCUGUGUCGAGGCGCUCCUACGGCUGCGGCACAUGUCUGAUCUCCGGGAUAGUGAGGGGAAGGCUCCGCUUCCGUUGUGGUCCGUUGAGCCCGAGUGCGAGGUCCUUGUUGACGGCGAGGUUCGAAUCCCGCGCGUAAUGCCUGCCACGGCGUUGAACGAGCGGUUUUCCGCGCGCAACCGGCCCAUUGUCAAAACUGUUGACGUGACUGACGUUGCGGUUCAGGCUGUUGCGAAUGCUAAUGGGAAGAUGGAGCUGCGGCGGUUCGUUGACCACAGCCAGGGGGCUGUGCAGAUGGACGUUGAGUAUGCUCUGCAUGUUCCAUCUCACAAGGAGAAAUCUUCGGUCUUCAUCGUCCAUGGGCCAUCCAUCAAAGCUAUGGCUGACGCUCUUCUUCGCCGUGCCCUCAUACACCGCGUGGCAGUCAACGCCGGUUUGACCGUCGGGUUACUACUCUUCGAGCCGAAGUAUGACAUGGCUGAGAAGCUCGAGAAAGAGCUGAAGGCAGAGCUCCAGGGUGUCAGUGUCGAGGUAUUUUGCGUCACCUCCAAUUCUAAUCUGAAGAGGGUUCCCUCAGGUUGGAUUCGAGUCCACACAAAUACGUCGCGACGUAUGGCCAAGAAAUGUCUGCCCUCAAACCGCGUGGACUUCUUCGUAGACUGCUCUGAGGCAUCAGAGCACGCUUACCAUCAAGCUUGGGGAUAUUUGAGGGAAUCUCUGCCGUCAAACUGCCAGACGUUUGCACUCGACGGAGAACUUCUGCAGAGAUUCCUGCCACGAAAAUUGCAGACCCCGGCCGAGAGCCAGAAGCAAACCAUCGAGGCCUUGUUCGCGUCUACAGGUGUCACUGCCAACUCAACAGGAGACGGCUGUGACAAGACGACGAAAACGAUCAUGGCAGCUGACCUGGCGGGUUUGAACGCAGCCUCUCUCUCCCGCCAACAGUACCUCUGCUCCUGGUACCAGCAAAAUUCCCUCCCCUUAACAAUCCAACCCCCUGAAACCGACAUCCAUCCAAACGGCCUCCUCCGCCCAGACCGAACCUACCUCAUCAUGGGCGGCUCCGGCGGCCUAGGCCUCUCCCUUACGCGUUGGAUGAUCCGUCACGGCGCCCAACACAUCGUCAUUACAUCCCGCCGCGCCCAGCCCAACGCAGACCUCCAAGCUGAGGCCCUCCGCGCGGGGGCAAAAGUCCACACCCUCGCCGUGGACGUGACGCAGCGCGCAGAAGUCGAGACAGCAGUCGCAACCAUCCGUUCGACGAUGCCGCCCAUUGCAGGCGUGUGUAACCUCUCCAUGGUCCUCCACGACGCCGUAUUUCUCGACAUGUCCCCGCAGCAGCUCAACGAGACGCUGGCGGCCAAGGUUGUUGGAACAGAGAACCUCGAUGCCGUAUUCCACGGCGGAAAGGGUGCUGAACAGCUGGACUUCUUCAUCGUCACGUCGUCGGCGGCGAGUACCAUCGGCAACGUCGCCCAAGCGAAUUACCACGCCGGUAACCUCUUUAUGAACGCCGUUGUCGCAGGCCGGCGCGCCAGAGGUUUGGCUGCGUCUGUGGUGCAUAUUGGGUGGGUGGCGGACACAGGGUACAUCACGCGCUUUGCCAAAGAGAAGCAGCUUGCCGAUCACUUUAGAAGCAUUCGCCUUACACCAUUAUCCGAGACGGAUGUGCAAGAUGCCUUUGCGAUGGCUGUGCGCGCGAGUCGAGUCGACUACUCGCCCGGGUCCGGCUCUGAACUCGAGUACGACAUCACCAUGGGCCUUGCGCCGCCUACUGCGCCCAUGCAGGCUGGGCAGGUGAACAAGGCCGUGUGGACUUUGGAUCCCCGCCUCAUGGCUUUAAAACCGUACAGCACACUAUCAGCUGAGUCGCAGCAGCAGCAAAAGGAUCAACACGGCUUCGGCGGCACCGGCGUACGUGAGCAAGUUGCUCGCUCCGAGACGGAGGACGAUGCCGUAGCGGCAGUGGCGGCGGCGUUCGGAGCCAAGCUCGAGACGAUGUUGCAGCUCCCCAAGGGUGCGGUACACGAGAGCAACGGCCUCGAGCGGCCGAUUGUUGAUCUGGGCAUCGACUCGCUGGUGGCGGUCGAGAUCCGGACGUGGUUCCUCAAGGAGCUUGACACAGAGGUGCCGAUCGUCAAGAUCCUGGGCGGCGAGACUGUCUUGGAGGUCUCGGCGAAGGCGGCUAAGAAGAUGUUGGCGGACCGCAAGGAGGUUCCUCCCAAGAUUGAGGAGAAAAAGGGAAUCAAGGCGGUUGAGAAAGUUGUCCAGGCCUCGAGCGAGGUUGUCAAGCAGAUUCCCGGCGCAGCUCCAGUCUCUGAUGUUGUGACCCCUGUUUCUGUUGACUCCAACUUGGCCUCCGCAGGGAAUGGUAGUACAUACCGCAUGCAACCUCUCACUCCCAUCGGCCGCGGGCUCUCAUACGUCGAUUACUCGCUCCAUCAGCUCAGUGAGGAAGAAAAUGGCGUGCUGGACGAGGACCUCGCCUUCUGGCGCGCCGAGUUCGCCUCCUCACUGCCUGACACGCUUCCCCUUUUACCCAUGGCCCGCGGCCUCGAUAGAUCGUCUCUGGUCCUCCUCCUCGCACGCCUCACCGGCACAGAAGACAUCUGCAUCGGUGUAGUAGACGCCAACCGCCGCGACGAGCGCUUCGUCAACACGCUGGGAUGCUUCGUCAACAUGCUGCCCCUUCGCGCCACUGUGGCAGCGACCGCCGGUACAACCGAAACCAGCCCCGACUUCGCUUCCAUAGCCCGCGUCGCCUCCCGCAAGGCAAUGUCCGUCUUCGCCCACGGCACACUCCCCCUAGACCGCAUCCUCUCCCUCGCCUCCGCCCCGCGCGCAACAGAAGCCCACCCCCUAUUCCAAGCCGCCAUCAACUACCGCACAGCCGGCGGCGGCGGCAUCAACAUCUGGGACUUACCCCUCGGCUCCGACGACGCCCGCAUGGAACUAUCCUGGCUCGGCGCCAAGGAGGCCGAGAACCCUUACGAUGUGAGCCUGGGCUUCUUUGAGAUGCCCGGGGGCGGGUGUCUCGCGCAGAUAUGGUGCUCUGCUACGUUAUACGGGCCUGAGGCGUGUCGGUCUCUUAUGGAUGUGUACCUGAGGUUGCUGGAGGCUGUGGCGCGUGAUCCGGAGGUCUCUGUGGACCGUUUGGCGUUGUACGAUGAUUCAGAUGCUCGUGUGCUUCGCGCGCUUGAGGUUGGCCGAGGUCCUGAGACCAAGUUUGACUGGGUUAAUACCGGGUCGUCUCUGUGUUUGUCUCGUCGUGUGCGGGAUAUGUGUCGUUCACACCCUGGUCGUAUAGCCGUCACUGACGCCGUGGCAAGUCUAUCGUAUUCUCAGCUGGCAGAGCAGACGAGCCGCCUGACACAUCGGCUGAAAGAGGCCGGUGUUCAUGCACGCCAUGUCGCCGUGCUGUGUGAGCCGUCGAUCGAUGGUAUCGUCGCCAUGCUGGCUGUCCUCGAAGCCGGAGCCGUCUACGUUCCCCUCGACGUUAGCUUGCCUGCCUCACGCCACGCAGAUAUGCUCCGUCUAUGCGAGCCUGCACUCGUGCUCUUCCACACACCGACGGAACAGCGUUUGAAUGCCUUGCUAGACGACGUCGUCGUGGGGGAGCAACAUGAGAAACCACGAGCCCUCCAGGUAGACGUGGACCAUCCCCAAGACGACUCAUACACUCACGAUGAUCUGAAUGAUUCAAACAAGAUAUAUCCAGCCUUCCUCCUCUUCACAAGCGGCUCAACAGGCACCCCUAACGGCGUCCACCUGACCCAACUCAACUUCGCAAACCACAUCGCCCUCAAGACGCAGACCUUCUCCCUGGCCCACACCGACCACGUCCUCCAACAGAGCUCCCUCGGUUUCGACAUGGCUCUAAUCCAAACCUUUUCCGCCCUCGCCAACGGGGCUUGUCUGGUGAUCGCCCCCACCGACAUCCGCCGCGACCCCGUCGCCAUUGCGGCCCUCCUGAGGCGCGAGGCCGUUUCCAUGACCAUCGCCACGCCGACCGAGUACCUCGCCUGGAUUCAUGCCGCCGCCGACGUCCUCUCAGCAAGCACGGAGGCGAGCACGGGAAAGGGAGACGGUAGUAGCACCUGGCGGCUGGCCUUUUCCGGCGGUGAACAGAUCCCACCCCGUCUCAUAACCGAACUCGGUCGUCUCGGGAUCCCAGGUCUGCGACUGACAAACUGCUACGGACCGACGGAGAUCACAGCAGCCGCAACCUUUCAACCCAUCCCUCUCGGCAACGACGACAAAACAUCAUCGAUCUCCUGCUUAGCAUCCCCCUCCACACCCUCGGCCAUAUGGAGGCCCUACGCCGUAGGCAAAGCUCUCCCGAACUACACCGUCAUCAUCAUCGACCCCUUCACCCUCACUACCGCCCCGCAGCCCCUACCCCUGGGACAAACAGGCGAAAUCUGCAUCGGCGGCGCGGGCGUGGCGCUGGGAUACCUCCACAGACCAGACCUCACUCGCACCCGCUUUCUAACGGAUGUCCUAGGGGACAAGAAGGGCACGGUAUAUCGCACCGGUGACAAAGGCCGCCUCCUUGCCGACGGAACGCUCCUCUGCCUCGGCCGACUGGACGGCGACACGCAGAUCAAGCUGCGCGGGCAGAGGGUUGAUUUGCAGGAGAUCGAGGCCGCCAUCCUCCGGGCUUCUGCGGGUGUUAUCGCGUCUGUCGUGGUAUCUCGGCGUCAUGACAUCCUCAUCGCCCACGCCACGCUCGCCGACGAUGUAGAUCCUACCACCUGGCAAGACGACGGCAGCAUUUCCUCCUCUUCCUCGAUCCUCUCCCGUGUGAGAUUAUCACAAGCCUUCAUCCCCGCGGCAAUCUACAUCCUCAAAACGCUACCCUCAACGCCAAACGGCAAACUAGACCGCAAAGCCAUCGCCCAACUCCGUCUCCUCUGGGAACGCGUUCUCCCCUCCCUAGGCUCCAAGCGCAUCGGCCCUUCGUCCGACUUCUUCCUCUGCGGCGGCAACUCGCUGCUGCUGAUGAAGCUCCAAAAGGCGAUCAAGGAGACGACUGGCGUGGAGAUCAGUACGAAACGCAUGUACGAGGCCACCACGCUGCGUGCCAUGACGCGAGCCGUCUUUGAG